UAAUAUUGAAUAGGUUUUUAAGCUUUCUUCCUUAUUUCUGCCGAACAUUUCCUCAGCUCAGCAAAACCCCCAAAAUGGAAGUAGACAUGGAAAAUCUAUUUACACCGCCGUGGCUGGAAUUACCGCCGGAGAUUACAUCGACGAUACUACAGAAGCUGGGGACGAUAGAGAUACUGAGAAAUGCAGAUAAAGUGUGUACAACUUGGCGCCGAUUAUGCGAAGACCCAGCCAUGUGGCGAGUUAUCAACAUGCGAGACAAUGUUUGGGACAUGUUGGAAGGUUACUUGGAACAGAUAUGCCGCGAAGCAGUGGAUCGUAGCCAGGGUCAAUUAAUUGAUAUCAAUCUUGAGUACUUUGGCAGCGAUAAUUUGCUCUAUUAUAUUGCUGAAAGGUCACCUCAGCUCAAACGUCUUAGACUCCUAUGCUCCUACAAUGUCUCAGGUGAGGCGUUGAGUGCGGCAUUGAAGAAGUGUCCACUAUUGGAGGAACUGCACCUUUACCACAUCUUAAUCGGCAAAGAAUCCAUUGAAAAUAUAGGCCGCUCAUGUCGUGCUUUGAAGUCAUUUAAGUUGAACAACCAGGUAUUUAGACACCCCUGCAUUGAAUACGAUGAAGAGGCAAUAGCAAUUGCAGAGAACAUGCCUAAACUGCACAACCUUCAAGUUGUUGGAAAUAAGAUGACAAAUGAAGGGUUGGAAGCUAUUCUUAAUGGUUGCCCUAACCUAGAAUCACUUGAUCUGAGACGAUGUUUUAAUGUCAAUCUAGGAGGGGAUGUAGGGAAGCGAUGUUCUCAACAGAUCAUAUAUCUCAGACGCCCUCAUGACUCCACCGAAGAUUAUGAACUUGAUGCAGGAAUGCAUGAUUGUGAAUCAUUUGAUGAGGAUUACCCAUCUGGAUUUUCUGACAUCGACCUUAUCUCAGAUGACGAUGAUUACUAUGAAUUUUCAGAUGUCAGCAACUAUUCCGGUGAUGAAGAGAUGUUCUUUGAAUAGCAGUUUGACAGCCCUUCUGCUCUAUUGAUGGUAAACAUGCUGCUAGUAUUUCAUGAAUAUCUCAAUUUCCAUGUCAUUUGAACACCUAUAUAGUUGUUUUCAAUGGUUUAAUUUUCUAAAUGUCCUUUUUCUCUCAUAUUGUGAGAAUAUAGGAAAAUGGAGAAGAUUAACUAGUUGACUGGUUUGUAAGCCCGAAGAACGUGUAGAUUUGUGGUAGUUAAAUUAAACGUCCUUUGCCUCUCUCAUUGUGCAGCUACUCACUAUUAUAAAGUACACACUUUAAUCAUUUGAUCCUUGUAACUUUUCCUAAUGAUACUCCAGCUUAAUUUGCUCUUCA